CCUUUCGUUCGGACUGUUUUGUUUUCGAACAUCUUUCAUUCGAAUCAAACCAAACGUCAAACCCACUUUGUUUAUGAAGGAGUGAAUAAUUUCCGCAGCGGAUGAGCGGUGAACUGCAAAAAUGGAAAAAAACAAAAACAAAACAACCACUAAAAAUCAGUUCGAGCGGAUUGUGCUGCUUCUGGAGCAAGAGCCGGACAUAGCAAAGGGUUUCUCCCGAGGAAAUUCCGGACCCUACUGGGAUGAUCUGGCGGCAGAAGUCAAUAGUUUGGGACCGCCUAUUCGCGAUGGAAGUGGAUGGAAAAAGGUUUGGGCGGACUAUAAGUCCGGAUUAAAGCGAAAACUCGCUCACAACAAACGGGAGCAGAGGGCGACAGGUGGAGGACCCAAUAAAAUUAUCAAUUUGUCCGAGCUGGAGGAGCAGGCAGUUCUACUAACUGGGUUACUUGCGACCGUGGAAGGAAUCCCGGGUACCUCAUCUCAUGGAACACAGUUGGGUUCGCCUUCGGGUGAACCUCAAGCUGCAGACCAGGAAAAUUUUAUAUAUUAUGGUACUUCCGACGAGUGUGACGGUAUCAAUAAUACCAUUCACUUCCAGCCCUCUCAGCCGAAAAAAUCCAGACCUUCUACCACGAGGCUAUUAGAGCUGCAAGUCGAGCAACAAAACAAAUUUCACACCAAUGUGAAAUCCCUGUUAAAAAACACAAACAAGAAUUUGAGUGAUCUGGUUCAUUAUCAGCGCCAAUCAGCUCGAGCGAUUCUUUCCGUGGAUGCCACACUCAAAGAACAUCUGAGUGAACAAAAACGACAUAACCACGAGAUGGAGAAGAUCGCGCUGGAGAAAUCAAUAGCGACAAAUCCUUGAAACGCAGAUUGCGUAUAUUUCAGAACAUUAGAAUAAUGUUUCAAAAUAUCAGUGAUCUGAUUUUUUAUCUUUAUAUUGUAACUCAAGUAUAAAAAAAUGAAAAAAAGUUCUAAUCGUAUUUUUAUAUCUUUCCAUGGAAGAAAAAUCUUACUUAAUUUUUUCUUUGAAGUUUGUUUGGAAUAGCAUCAAAAUUAUAUAAACUUUUUUAAAAUUCACGAAUUUCGCCUAUAGUUUAUGGAACUUCCUUAACCCCUUCACGUACAACAUUGAACUUCACUCGUUGUUUCUCGAUGUGAAAUAAUUACAUAGCUUCAGGCAUAUGAUGAGGAUACCGACAACUGAAGAUUAUAAAAUUUCCGUUAUUUAAAAAAAAAUUGAAUGAGCUAAAAAUAUAAAAUAUAAUUUGAAUAUUAUAAUUAAAAUAAAAACGAACGAGUUAGUACGUAGUAAUAACUCCUUCGUUUUUAUUUUAAACACAACAUGUAUUUGCUCAUCAUAGGGCACCCAUGUUAGAUACCCACACUCAGCAGAGUAGCGGAACGACUCGAAGUGCUCGUUUUGGGCCGUGCUGUUGGAAAUUAAAUCGUACAGCAAGGGGUUAAAACAACGCAAAAAGUAUUAAUAAUGGUUAUUUGAAUACUUGGCCUGCUUACGAGAAAUCGAUAAUGACAUGUUCUCAAAGUGUUGGCAGGAAUAAGAGUAAAUAAUUCUGCCGAAACCAUAGUUAAGUAAGGAAGACACUUCCUUUUCCGGUGGUUGUUAUUUAUUUGAGCAUUUGCAAACAAGUUAGAUGAAAUUUAACAGUCAUAAAUAUUAAUUUAAACAAAAGUUUAUUAUGUAAACAGCUGCAUAACAUAUUAUAACUACUGAGAACGACCAAAUUCUAAGCAUAUAUUGUGAAGUGCACAGCAUACAUUUAUAAUUUGAGCGCAUUUAGUAGGAUUGUAGUGAAGUUGUCUCGC